UCUUACCUCCGAGGCUCCGCCCCACCGUCACCAGAUGUUUCGGCCUCCCUAGUCCUGCUUCCCCACGGCUCACAAACUCUGCAGCUAAACCCUGACUCUUCUCAAAGCCUCUCUCUCUCUUGCGGUCUCUUCCGUGAACUUCCAUAGAGACAUUACUGGUACAAGGUAAAACUCUUGAACCAAAGUUCAAACUGUACUCUUCCGAGUCUGUUCUUUCAACCGUUUGAAACCCAUUUUCGGUUCGUUUACCUUCUUACCUUCUCGGCUUCGUUACUAAAUGUAGACAACCUGACUCUUUUUUUCCUCUUUGACCCCCCUUCUUCCAGUUAAUGUUGCUCUGGUCCUAGUCCUCCGAGUUCUUUUCACUUGGCUAAACCCCGCUUCUAAGCGGCCGUUCGUUUCAGAGGUAGAGCAGGCAGUCUAAGAAAAUAUAAUGUGUUUUCUUGUCGUAGAUAUUGAGACGUAGUCAGCUUUUUUCAAUUGGAUUUCUUCUAAUCUGUCGGGCUUUGGUUUUCCUUGACUGGGGAUUGAUUCUUGUGAGAAGCUAGACUGGGGAUUGAUUCUUGUGAGAAGCUAAGUGCCAUCUGAGGGUUUUGUGAACUGGGUUUGGUUGUUUUUAUUGUUUUUCGACGGGCUUCUUGUUGGAAUAGAGCCUUUUCAGCUGAAUGUGGUAAAAGGGGCUCCUUGAAGACUUUCGUGGUAACCAGGAUGUCUGUGGAUAAUCAUAGUUUCGUGGAAUGGGAGGAGCGCUUCGUAUGUCAUGAGCGUGGUAACCGUGUGAUUCAUUUUUAUCUAAAGGAUGUGUCAGGGGGUUCACUCCUUGCUGUUGUUGGGACUGAGAGGAGUGUAAGGCACAUGACAUAUGUAGUCUCGGAUGCGUUUAUGGCGUUGCCCGGGUUUGAGAAAUCCGUCAAUGCGUGCACGAAAUGGCGGGCGAGAAGAGAGGUGGUUGAAUGGCUCACAUCAUUGGUCUCAAGGCAUCGUGUGCCGUACUCAGAUAUUUCAAAUUCUCCAAUGAUUGACUCAAGACAAGCUUUAGGAUCUUUUGAAGUGUCGAUGACUGGAUUCUGCACUCGUCAAACUUACGUUCCAGAUCAUAUGGUGGCAAGGAAAUUGAGAGUUCAAGAUUCAGAGAUUGUAUGGUCUGGUGUCGCUUGGAUCUGUGCCAAACAGCUAAAGCACUACCCAGCUUUUUGCAGGAACAAAACUACUAUAGCCAUCCAUUCAUUUGUAUUUAUUAUGGGUGAAGAAGGAAAUCGGUAUCUUGGUUACUUGGAAGAUAUGUAUGAAGACAGAAAAGGACUCAAAAAGGUAAAAGUGCGGUGGUUUCACCACAAUAAAGAAGUCAAGGGUGUAAUUCCUCAACUGAAUCCCCACCCAAGAGAAGUUUUCAUCACACCCCAUGUUCAGGUGAUCAGUGCCGAGUGUGUUGACGGUCCCGCAAUAGUUUUGACUCCUAAGCAUUAUGAAAAAUGUAUGGCUGCUGUUGCACCUGGUUCUUCAUCUGGAAUCCAUGUGUGCUUUAGGCAGUUUAAGAACAAUAUGAUCAAGCCCUUCACUCUUCCUAAAUUGCAUGGGUAUUCUAAUCAAGCAAUCCUCUCUUCUAUAGAUGGUUUCCUUGUCUCCAAGCAAAAACUGAAACGCCAUACAUUGCAUAUUGAAGAUGAGGAAGAGUUAGCACAUGAUGAUCCUUUGAGGAUGGGUACUAAAAGGAAUAGAAGUUACAAUGGGCAUCAAGGACUUGAAACUGGUUCUUCUGGUGCCAGAAAUUCAUUCCCUGGGAAUCAGAUAACAAAGUGUGAACCAGAGCUCCCCAAGUUGAAAUUGAUAUUUUCAAGGAAAACAAUGGGAAAAAAGAUUGUUGAAUCCCAAUGUCCUCUUUCUUUUAUGGUUGAUGACAAGAUAGAACUGCUCUGUCAAGAUAGCGGCAUUCGGGGCUGCUGGUUUAGGUGUAAGGUCUUGCGGGCAUCUCAGAAGCAUCUCAAAGUUCAAUAUGAUGAUGUACAGGAUGCAGAUGGAUAUGGCAAUCUAGAGGAAUGGGUCCCAGCUGCUAGAGUUGCAGCUCCUGAUAAAUUCAGCAUGAGAUGCUCAGGCCGCCUGACAAUUCGGCCAAGCCCUCCUGAAGAUUUAAUCUGCUGUAAGUUCGAGGUUGGUACAGCAGUUGAUGCAUGGUGGAAUGAUGGCUGGUGGGAAGGUGUUAUAAUUGGAGUCGAUGCAUCUGGAAAUGACACCUUGCAUGUUUACAUCCCUGGCGAACACAAGUGUCUGAAGCUACAGAGAGAGGACUUUCGAACGUCCAGAGAUUGGGUAGAAAACAAAUGGGUUGAUAUAAAGGGGAAGCCUGACAUACUCUGUUGUUUAAGUGAAAAUGUUUGUCCUGGCUUGAAGCCCGCAGUGGCUUCUGCCAUGACUGAAGCAUCUGGGUGUGGCACUACAUUGUUGGAGGCCAAAGUUUACACAAUUCCCAAUCUUGAAACAGUUGGAGAACACCAACAAGAAGUACCUGAUUUAACCAUAUCGGAUGACCUCCAAGGAAAAAUGAAACGUAUUGAUUUGACAAGGCGGCUUUGUGAGGAUGAAAAUGGUAAUAAUAAUGCUAAUGGUGAUGUAAAAGAAAAUAACAAGGCUAAAGGUGAAGGUGAUCUUGAUUCUGCCAACUAGAGAUGUCAGCAGCUGAAGCCCAAGAACAGUUAACAUAGUGUUAUGUCGAAGGUGAAGAGUCUUGACUUCAAUCAAGGAUCCCUAAAGUAGGGUUCCUUCUUCGUGUAAAGUAGGUGCAUGACUUUUGGUAUAGGAGAAUCUCAAGUAUUAUAACUUCUGGAGAAUCGGCAGAUGUACAGCAAUUUUUCUGGCAGGUUUUUAACAUUGUAGGAUGGAAAUUAGAAUUUUACCUGUACUGAAAGUUUUAAGGCUGGUAUGUCAAGUUAGACAGUUUUUAUUCAGUCAGAUUGCACUCGCAGGCAAGUUCUGGCUUUGUCCCCUCCACCAUGUACUUCUAAUUUCUGAAGCAUAGUUUUGAGUUUUCAA